CUACUAUAUAAAUCUCUUACCUCCACAUUUCUAAAUACUCUCAAUUAUACAUGCAGGAUCGUAAUACAUUUUUGAAAGAAGAUAACUUAUUUAUUAAUAAUGAAAAUAACAAGAGCUAAAGUAAUAUAAUAGCUUAAGACUACACUAGGAUGAGACAUAGAAUCAAUUAGCCUUUAAGGACCGUUUGUAUCUGUUGGGAUAUAUUAUCCCGACCUAUUACUGUUCAGGAGCCGAAGACAUUAUCCAGUACGGAGCCCAAGCAGCUAGGCCCGUUUCGGCCCAUUCUGGCCCACUUUAGCCAUUUGGGCCCAUUCCGGUCCAUGCGGCCCAUUAGGGUGGAGAGCACCCUUCCCCUUUCCCCUAUAAAUAUGAGGCUUCCCUCCAUGUUUUAGGGAUCCCUUUUGAGCUCUCCUUCCUCCUUUCUUUUAGACUUAGCUUACAAUACUCCAUUAAUGGGAGCUACAACAUAUGUACUUUGUAAUGGUGAGGAGAGUCCUAAUGAGAAUGAGAGGGCUUGGACAUUAGCCUAAAAAGACCCGUGGUUUUCUCCCUUUCGGGUUUCCACGUAAAAACUGAGUUGUUCAUACACAUUUAUACAUAUAUUUACUAUAUUGUGUUGGAUUAAACUCAACACUGGCGCCGUCUGUGGGAAUCUGUCCAAAAAGAUUCAUGUAUUCUAUUGUUCUUGAGCUUUUUACAAGAAAAAUUCACUGGAAGUGGACUGUUUUUAGCAAAAAAAAAAAAAAAAAAAAAAAUCCUGGAAAGCAAGCAGGAGGAAGAAUAUCUGACGUGAAAGAAAAAGUUCGAGGAAGAAGAACGAUUCUGGGAGACUUGGGCCGGAUGGAUCUUGCUCUGUCAAACUGCCGUCGCCGCAGCACCUGCCCAAACGCCGCCGGAGCAUCCGCGGUGUAGUAUCUGGGGCUUGCUCAGUCCGCCGGAGUUCGCUGCGCUGGCAGGAGGUCGGAGAAAAGGAGGAAGCAAAGAAGCCACGGAGCCUGGAACUCCAAUUCUGGGUUUUUUCCAGACCUGUUUUGGAGUCGCCGGAGCUGCCGUCUCCAUUUCCGCCGCCAUGGACUCCUCCAGCAAGUGGGACCGCACCAGAUGGACCUCCAGCAGCGUUCUAGGCCUCGCCGUCGACAGCACAGUCGCUCAUGGCUCGCCGCCGGCCAUCGCACAGGUCGCCACACCGCCGCUUGUCGUCAGUGGCCGACUGCCGGUCACUCCUUCACCUCGUCAGUUUCCCCCGAGCACUCCAUCACCACCUUCACAAGGCAGCACGUACUCUCUACUGGAGACGUGUUCUUCCAUCUGCCUCUCCAAAAGGUUCUCUUUAUUUGGAUGGAGGAUGACCACGUCGAAGGAAAAUGAAAGGGAGUAGAGCCAUUGUAUUAUUGGAAUGGUCAACAAGUGGUGCUGACUUCUAUCACUUGCAGUACUUUGGACGAGCUCCUCAAGGAAUAACUCCGAAUAAAGCUCGGAUUCCUAUUCUCCAAGAGAUAAGUCCCGAAUAAACUCCCUCAUUUUCUAUUGAAUGUUGAAUGGUAGAAAUUGCCUUAUUACUCAUAUUUGUUAUCACCUUUAUUUAUUAGGGAAUAGAAUUUCCCGAAAUUAAAUAAUGUCGAGCGAUGCUCUAAGUGAUAAAUAGCUUCACCGUCGUUUAAAUUAGAUGACUGGUUGUUGUGGGCCCAUCGGCCCGCUCCUGAUCGGCUUUAAUUAGCGAUCGGGGCAUAUCUGAAUGACCGACCUAUGGUAGGAUAACAUCACUAUUAUUUAUUAGGGAUAAAAAUGACCCGAAUUAAAUAAUGCAGAGCGAAGCUCUAGUGAUAAUUAGUCCAGCCAACUUUUUAUUAAAUAUUUAAUUGUGGGUGGGUCCGAUUAGCCCACUCUCGAUCGGCUUUGAUUAGCGAUCCGAGCGUAUCCAGUAGGGCGAUGCCUCGACGAUGCAUUUUAAUUUGGGUGUUACGCAUUAGUCCGCGCGGCACCAAGUGCCCGAGCGACGAUCGUACGCUAGUACCACUUGUGCCACUAGGCGAAGUGACUGUGCCAAACACGGCCUGUGGGGCCCGAAGGCACCAAAGCGCUCAACCUUCUUUUUCCGAGGGCAGUGCGACUAACUUGGGUCUGAGUUGAAAACUCACGGACCGAUGCAUAUUUCUAUGUGAAGCUCGGUGGGCCGCUGAUUGGCCCCGCCGCGAGCUGCUACGUCCAUUAACCCCGCACGUUGAGCCGGGCCGAGGGUCACUGUAACCCAUAGGCCGGUAAUCGUGGGUGUUAGAGAGAAGGCCAUGCAGAUGGUUGUGUGUGUAUACAUAUUGUCGGGCCGUGCGGCCCGUUACCGUGCUUAUUGCGCAGCUGAAGCCACUCGACGCGCUCGAGUGAAAUGAUUAAAAGACGCUCGGCCCGAGUCUUGAAGACGUUCAGGGCCAGCUAAAGAGGAGACCAUCGCGGCUGAGGACCGUGAGACGAGCAUCUCCACCCCAGAGACCGAUGGCCUAGGAGAGAACACCUAGAGGCCGAGGGUCUAGAGUGGACUACCACGGCGGAGGACCGUGAGACGAUCAUCCAUCAUUCAGAGCCGGUGGCCUAGAGGAGACCACUACGGCCGAGGGUCGUGGGACCAUCCUUACAUCACGCCGACCUCACGGUACAGCGUGUUUAUCCUUUGAAGACCGGCCUCGUCCCCGCGCUGCGCGGAUGAGGACCGUUGCUUGAUUUUAGGUCGGCCUCUCAUUGCCGACAUCAUUAUAUCACGACCGGCCUCUCGGCACGGCGUGCUUAUCGUUUUGAAGACCGGCCUUGUCCCCACACUGCGCGGAUGAGGACCGUUGCUUGGAUUUCAGGCCGGCCUAUCAUUGCCAACGUCAUUAUAUCACGACCGGCCUCUCGGCACGGCGUGAUUAUCUUAUUUGAAGACCGGCCUCGUCCCCGCGAUGCGCGGAUGAGGACCGUUGCUUGACUUCAGAUCGGUCUCCCGUUGCCGACAUCAUUAUAUCAUGACCGGCCUCUCGGCUCGGCGUGUUUAUCUUUUGAAGACCGGCCUCAUCCCCGCACUGCGCGGAUGAGAGCCGUUGCUGGAUUGCAGGUCGGCCCCUCAGUGCCGACACUAUCACAUCAUGCUCGGCCUCUCAUCGCCGACAUCAUCAUACCACGACCGGCCUCUCGGCUCGGCGUGCUUAUCUUUUGAAGACCGGCCUCGUUCCCGCCCUCGCGGACGAGGACCGUUGCUUGAUUUUCUCAGAUCGGCCUCUCAUUGCCGACACCAUUAUACCACGACCGGCCUCUCGGCUCGGCGUGCUUAUCUUUUGAAGACCGGCCUCGUCCCCGCCACCUCGCGGAUGAGGACCGUUGUUUGAUUCUUUCAGGUCGGCCUCUCACUGCCGACACUAUCAUGUAUGUUCGGCCUCUCGGCACGACAUAUUUAUCUUUUGAAGACCGGUUUCAUCCCCGCGUUGCGUUGGAUGAGAGCCGUUGCUCGGAUAUAUCGGCCUGACCGGACACUAUUGCCAUCUCCAUUAUCAGGACCGACUGCUCAGCGACAUUAUGAUCAUUGUAUAUCGGCUCCCAAUGCCGACCUUCUUGAGUUAGCGAUCGGGCUCACCCCUCCCUUCAGGAGGGUGACCAUCGCCUUCGCAUGACGACCAGCGUCUCCAUCGCCUCGUCAUUAUAUUCGUUCGCUAUGCCACCACCAUUAUGUGUGACAUCCCGUGAUCCCUGCGAGUUUCUUGGAUACCGAAUGUCUUCUUCGAUGUAGGAAGAUCGGUAGGACCACAGACCAGGGACGGACUAAGAAGAGCUAGGGAAUCUCGAUGUAGAUAAACCUGUUCCUCCUUGCGAGUUUCGCGGAUACCGAACGUCUCUUCGAAGCAAGAGCGCCGGUAGGACCAAGAACCAAGGACGAACGAAGAAUAUAGAUUGCCUCCCUCAAACAAAAAAAAAAAAAAAAAAGAUGGGGAGAAGAGGAGGUUAGCUCCUAUGUGGAAGGGAAUCUUGCCCGGGUGUGCCAGAUCUUCUCCCACCGCCGAAGACGAACGCCUCUCGAUGUAGAGGUUAGUAGAGACGCGAAGGGGGCUAGACGAACCAAGGGAGCCUUGCCAAGAUAAACCUGUUCAUCCCACAAUGACCAUGGAUCGAUGGACGUGGGAUAACAAAGACGGGAACCCGUGAGGGUAAACCAGUUCGUCCCUGCGAGUUCCUUGGGUACCGAACGUCUUCUUCGAUGCAAGAGACGCCGGUAAGACUAAAAGGACCAGGGACGAACGAAAAAGGGGGGAAUCUCGAUGUAGAUACACCUGUUCCUCAUUGCGAUGUCCGCGGAUACCGAACGUAUCUUCGAUGUAAGAACGCCGGUAGGACCAAGGACCAAUGACGAACGAAGACUAAAAGACUCCAAAAAAAAAAAAAAAAAGAUGCCAGAAGAGCACGGAGCAAAGAAUGAUUUUAUCCCUUGACACUAUUGGCUGUGAAGUACAAACUGAAAAACAUAUGUAAAGAAUAAUUACAAAACUUAAGUACGAAGAAUGAAGUGGCCGACGACGAUCGGCUAACAUCAGGUUUUCUUUGGCCUCGAACGACGAUUAGCUCCCCAGAUCAGGUAGAAGGGACAUCGCCCAGAUUUAUUUCAGGUUCACCAUUCCUUCCCGGAUGGAGUCCUGAUAGACGAUCGGCUUCUCACAGCCAAUCAGGAGAGAGACUUGACACAUCACCAGCACGGCCGAGGGCCGUGAGACGAUUACCACUCACCGACAGGACGAGGGCCAUGAGAUGAUGGCAUCACUAUUUUUCUGUAUCACGAUCAGCCCCUCGGCGCCAUCGUGUCCAGAUUCACGUUCAGAUCGUCCAUCCCUUCCAGGGUGGCGACGAACGUCUUAUGCAUCACGAUCGGCCCCUCAGCGCCAUCGUGUCCAGGCUCACGGUUCGUCUUGCCCAUUCCCUCCAGGAUGGGGACGACCGUCUUAUGCAGUACGAUCGGCCCCUCAGCGCCAUCGUACCUGGCUUCACGGUUCGGCUCGCCCCAUUCCCUCCAGGAUGGCGACGGACGUCUUAUGCAGUGCGAUCGGCCCCUCAGCGCCAUCGUACCUGGCUUCACGGUUCGGCUCGCCCAUUCCCUUCCAAGAUGGCGACGGACGUCUUAUGCAGUGCGAUCGGCCCCUCAGCGCCAUCGUACCUGGCUUCACGGUUUGGUUCGCCCAUUCCCUCCAGGAUGGCGACGACCGUCUUGUGCAGCACGAUCGGCUUCUCAGCGCCAUCGUGUCUCUUUCACGUUCGGAUCGCCCCAUUCCCUCCAGGAUGGCGACGAACGUCUUAUGCAGUGCGAUCGGCCCCUCAGCGCCAUCGUACCUGGCUUCACGGUUCGGUUCGCCCAUUCCCUUCAGGAUGGCGACGACCGUCUUGUGCAGCACGAUCGGUUCUCAGCGCCAUCGUGUCUCUUUCACGUUCGGAUCGCCCCAUUCCCUCCGGGAUGGCGACGAACGUCUUAUGCAGUGCGAUCAGGCCCCUCAGCGCCAUCGUACCCGGCUCACGUUAGGGUCGCCCAUCCCUUCCAGGAUGGCGACGAACGUCUCUUAUGCAGCACGAUCAGCGCCCUAGCGCCAUCGUGUCUGGCUCACGUUAGGGUCGCCCAUCCCUUCCAGGAUGGCGACGAACGUCUCUUAUGCAGCACGAUCAGCGCCCCAGCGCCAUCGUGUCUGGCUCACGUUAGGGUCGCCCAUCCCUUCCAGGAUGGCGACGAACGUCUCUUAUGCAGCACGAUCAGCGCCCUAGCGCCAUCGUGUCUGGCUCACGUUAGGGUCGCCCAUCCCUUCCAGGAUGGCGACGAACGUCUCUUAUGCAGCACGAUCAGCGCCCCAGCGCCAUCGUGUCUGGCUCACGUUAGGGUCGCCCAUCCCUUUCAGGAUGGCGACGAACGUCUCUUAUGCAGCACGAUCAGCGCCCCAGCGCCAUCGUGUCUGGCUCACGUUAGGGUCGCCCAUCCCUUCCAGGAUGGCGACGAGCGUCUCUUAUGCAGCACGAUCCGCGCCCAGCGCCAUCGUGUCUGGCUCACGUUAGGGUCGCCCAUCCCUUUCAGGAUGGCGUCGAACGUCUCUUAUGCAGCACGAUCAGCGCCCCAGCGCCAUCGUGUCUGGCUCACGUUAGGGUCGCCCAUCCCUUUCAGGAUGGCGACGAACGUCUCUUAUGCAGCACGAUCAGCGCCCCAGCGCCAUCGUGUCUAGCUCACGUUAGGGUCGCCCAUCCCUUUCAGGAUGGCGACGAACGUCUCUUAUGCAGCACGAUCAGCGCCCCAGCGCCAUCGUGUCUAGCUCACGUUAGGGUCGCCCAUCCCUUUCAGGAUGGCGACGAACGUCUCUUAUGCAGCACGAUCAGCGCCCCAGCGCCAUCGUGUCUAGCUCACGUUAGGGUCGCCCAUCCCUUUCAGGAUGGCGACGAACGUCUCUUACGCAGCACGAUCAGCGCUUCAGCGCCAUCGUGUCUAGCUCACGUUAGGGUCGCCCAUCCCUUUCAGGAUGGCGACGAACGUCUCUUAUGUAGCACGAUCAGCGCCCCAGCGCCAUCGUGUCUGGCUCACGUUAGGGUCGCCCAUCCCUUCCAGGAUGGCGACGAACGUAUUUUAUGCAGCACGAUCAGCGCCCCAGCGCCAUCGUGUCUGGCUCACGUUAGGGUCGCCCAUCCCUUUCAGGAUGGCGACGAACGUCUCUUAUGCAGCACGAUCAGCGCCCCAGCGCCAUCGUGUCUAGCUCACGUUAGGGUCGCCCAUCCCUUUCAGGAUGGCGAUGAACGUCUCUUACGCAGCACGAUCAGCGCUUCAGCGCCAUCGUGUCUAGCUCACGUUAGGGUCGCCCAUCCCUUUCAGGAUGGCGACGAACGUCUCUUAUGUAGCACGAUCAGCGCCCCAGCGCCAUCGUGUCUGGCUCACGUUAGGGUCGCCCAUCCCUUUCAGGAUGGCGACGAACGUCUCUUAUGCAGCACGUCUGCCUCUCGGCGCUGACAUGCUCGAGUUCUCAUUGAGAGCUACCGCUCCUAUCACAUCUUGCAUUCCCUCUUUCAUACAUUGCACCAUACAUUACAUGCAUUCAUGCAUCAUACCUCAUACAUUCAUACAUACACACGUGCAUCAUGUUUUGACAGUACCGCGACGUCGGUUUAUAGAUGCAUGGACCUCUAAGCUUCUCCGAUUGGAAAGCUCGAGUCAGAGUGCUUUACUCCCGCCUGAUGCAUUCAGGCGGAGUGUGCCCGUGGAGGAGCACCCUUCGCCCGACCCUGUCGGGAAGGGGGGUGCCUCACCGGCAGAUUACGUUCAGGAGUGCAGACACCCACUCAUAUAUUAUGAUUAUUCGAAGACACAGUUUCCAGCAAGACAGAGGAAGAGCGCAGGCAAGAGUAUACUUUCUCGAGCAGAUUCGCACGCUCACUACUCAAGAAACUGGGGGACUUGUGUUGGGAUAUAUUAUCCCGGCCUAUUACUGUUCAGGAGCCGAAGACAUUAUCCAGUACGGAGCCCAAGCAGCUAGGCCCGUUUCGGCCCAUUCUGGCCCACUUUAGCCAUUUGGGCCCAUUCCGGUCCAUGCGGCCCAUUAGGGUGGAGAGCACCCUUCCCCUUUCCCCUAUAAAUAUGAGGCUUCCCUCCAUGUUUUAGGGAUCCCUUUUGAGCUCUCCUUCCUCCUUUCUUUUAGACUUAGCUUACAAUACUCCAUUAAUGGGAGCUACAACAUAUGUACUUUGUAAUGGUGAGGAGAGUCCUAAUGAGAAUGAGAGGGCUUGGACAUUAACCUAAAAAGUCCCGUGGUUUUCUCCCUUUCGGGUUUCCACGUAAAAACUGAGUUGUUCAUACACAUUUAUACAUAUAUUUACUAUAUUGUGUUGGAUUAAACUCAACAGUAUCAAUUAGCCUUUAAGGACCGAUCGUAUUCGCUAACCCCACAACGAAGUAUUUAGAUAACAUACUACAAGUUUUAUUACGUAGAAUCAUAAAAUCAAAAUUCAAAAAUUUUAAAAAAUGAUUUACUAAUCAAGAUUAAGAAAGAGUUCAUCAGCUGACCGCAUGCAUAAUGAACAAUAGCUUUAGAUAGGGACGCAAGUACUAUUUUGCCAAUGUGGGGAAUAAUUAAACACCUAAUGGCGAGACACUUCUUUUUGUCAAUUGUUCAAUCGUUCUUCAUUUUUAUCAAUUCUUCAUAUAUAUGAGCCUAAUACAAUGUUAAUAAAUGGAAUUGCAUGCAUACUAAAGGGUUGCUGUGUAGUCUAUGAUAUAAUCUUAUAUACUCCCUCAGUUUCCAUUUGUUUGACACAUUUUGACUUGUCAAGGAUUAAGGAUUUUAUUUAUUGAGAUAAAUUUAUUGUAGAGUACAUUGUUUUGACAUUGUUUGAACAAUACUAUCUAUUUGACACUGUUUGACAUGUUUUGCAUUGUUUUGAUAAAGAUUUGUUUACCAAAUAAGGAAAUAAGGAAGUGUGACAUUCAUUUUGGAACAUCUAGAAAAUGAAAGUGUGUCAAACAUUCACUCCAAGUGAUCCUCAAGAGACUUCGGCUGUUCGUCCCCUGACCUUGGUGGAUUCUCUCCAUGUGGACUGGAUCUCCUCCGAUGAUCAUGGGCCUGCCCACGAGACGUUCGUCGUUAUCCCUGAUGGCCAGGGGUCCUGCCCCUUACCUCUGCACAUACGUUCGUCGCAAUGGGCCGUUUGAAACCUGGACCCCCCAAUUCCAGACGUUCGUCUCUUUCCAAAGGUCAUGGGCCUGCGCCCAGCCUGGUCCUAGCAUGACGUGCGUCCGAUAGAAAAAAAAGGGGUUAAUGGGCCGGACCUCGGCCUGGGCCAUUAUCCCAACAUACCCUAUCUUUUUCUUAAUAAAUUCCUCUAAAAAAAACACAAGCGUUACACUUAUUGCUCCAUGCCUACAUGUGGUACAAGAAUAUGUGCAAUAUAAUUGAGUAUCUUCAUAAUAAUUGUUUUCAUAUCAUUUUUAGCUUGUUAGGUUUUGUAUACUUAUUUACGGUUAUAUAAUUAAUAAUUUGAAAUUAUAAUUUUAUGUGUCAGCGGUUUAACGAUGAAACACAGUAAUAGUUAAAAUAUUUUUUCUUAAUGGUUAACUGGCGACGUAGCACAAUUGCAUCGAUGUAAUACUAUUGAUUCUUAUAUCGAUUCUUCUAAAAACUUCUAGAACCGAAUCGAUAUGGGAAUAAUGGUUCUUCAAAUGGUUCCUAAUUUUCUUUCAAGAAUUGAACUGGUCUCACCCCUACAUUUUUCUUCGUAAGAUGAAAUACAAAAUAUCACUUUUUAUUUUUUUAAGUUUAUCAUGUUUUUUUUAAAAUAAGUUUAUCAUGUUUAUCACUAAUAAUGUAGAAUCUCCUUGUUCAACUAUAUUUAUCAUGAAAUGAUAAAAAAUAAUCAAAAUUUAAUGUUCAAAUCUUGCAUAUUGAGACCAUCUUGGUACCCACCUCCCGAUCCGGCCGGUAUUAGUCCAGGACUUGUUGGCGCGUUUGAAAUCUCGAGUAAAUAAUUAGCAAAAUCUGCAAUCAGAUCUAUGCGUACUUGUGGUGAGUAGAAGACGACAGAAAAAUCCAUGGAAAUCUUUGGUGAGGAGAAGAGAAUAUUGCAGAGAAUUAAUGUAUUAAGAAUGCCUUAAAAGUGCAUGAGAAUCCAUGAUUUUAGAAGUCAAUAAAAAUGAACGGAUAUUUGAAUACUUUAUAGACUUUUAAAAAAGUCUGUAUUGAAUAUAUCUAAACUUUUAACAUUCAUAGACUUUUAAAAUUUUGUCACUAAUUUCUAAUUCACUCCCUAAAUUCUACUACGUAUUUUAUAGAACACCAUUUUUUUUGUUUGCAGUGACUCCAGUGAGAUCCAAAGGGCUUCGCGGGAUAAGGCUUAUAGUCACUCUUGUUUUGCCUAUUGUUGCGGUGUUUCUGAUGCUCUUUUUGUUCAUGGUCAAAUUAAGAAAAGGUAGGAACCACCUCUCGAAUGGUAAGAGUAGUAGUUUUAAAUCAUCGGAUUGGUCUCUUUUGGGCAAAGAUAUGAAAGAAAGUAGGGAGAAAGAUGUAUUAGUUUAUGAUCUCAAUUCCAUUAAAGCUGCCACAGAUAACUUCUCGGAUGCCAACAAGCUUGGUGAAGGCGGAUUUGGAUCUGUUUACAAGGGGAAGUUUGAGAAUGGAUUGCUCAUAGCAGUGAAAAGACUUUCGAGAUCUUCUAGGCAAGGGACAGUUGAAUUCAAGAACGAAGUUACAGUUAUAGCAAGGCUCCAACAUAGAAAUUUAGUCAGACUUUUAGGGUGUUGCAUUGAACGUGGAGAAAAACUGUUGAUAUAUGAGUACUUGCCUAACAAGAGCUUGGACAGUUUCCUAUUUGAUAAAGCAAAUAAGAUAUCUCUAUGUUGGAGUAAACGAUUUGAGAUCAUCUUGGGGAUUGCAAAGGGACUCUUAUAUCUCCAUCAAGACUCCAGAUUGAAAAUUAUCCAUAGAGACUUGAAAGCUAGUAACGUUUUGUUGGACGCAUCCAUGCAGCCAAAAAUUUCUGAUUUCGGAAUGGCUAGAAUUUUUGGAGAAGACCAAAUCGAAGCAAAUACAAAUCGAGUAGUCGGGACAUACGGUUAUAUGUCCCCAGAAUACGCAAUGGAAGGUCACUUUUCAGUGAAGUCAGAUACCUUUAGUUAUGGUGUAAUGUUAUUAGAAAUUUUGAGUGGGAGAAAAAACAAAAAUCGAUUUAAUGAAGACUCUUUGAAUUUGGUAGAGGAUGUUUGGAAUUUCUGGAGGGAAGAAAGACCACUAGAUAUGAUUGAUCCAUCACUGGGGGCAUCAUAUGAAGAACGAGAAGUUUUGAGAUGCAUUCAUGUUGGUUUGUUGUGCGUUCAAGCCUUUCCCAACCACAGACCGACCAUGUUAGAAGUGGUUUUCAUGCUGAGCAAUGAAACAACACUUCCUCAUCCUAAUCCACCCGGAUUUGUGAUCAAUCAAGGGGUUGUUGCGCCAUGUUUAGGAAAUGAAUCUGUUAACAAUGUAUCAAUUACUAAAAUUGAAGGUCGCUAAACAUUAACUUAGUUGUACAUGGCGAAUGCGAUGUGUGAUGAAUGUGAAAUGUCUAAUGUUAUAGUCACACAUGCAUAUAUGCAUGUGUAUACAAAUUACUACCUUGUUAUGCGCAUUGUGAGAAGCGUUGAUGCAUGAUACUAAGAGCCGAUUUGAGAAUCCUUGUUUUAAACUUAUCAGUCCGAUCAUGUAACUUUACGGCACAUGUAACUUCUAAUACCGCACACCUGAUUGCGUUGUAAUCAUUAUAUGUAAGGUUAAAGUUAGUUUUCUGAAUUGACCAAAGUUUCUAAAGAGAAUUAUUUUUAAUUACUUU